AUGGAUGAAGACGGAGCUCCGGCUCGUGACCAGCGAGUGGUCACCAGGAAUCGCCGGCGACGGGUGGCGCCCGAGAGCCGCAAACGUGUUGCCGUUGCAUGCAAUAGCUGCAAUUCGCGGCGCAUCAAGUGCUCCGGCGAGCGACCAUGCUCGCAGUGUGUCCGCAGCUCGCGGACAUGUGUCUACCCAGAUGCCGCCGAGAUGGUGUCAAUUCCCCGGGCCGAGCUGGAUGCCCUACUCCAGGCCAGAUCUGACCAGGAGGCAGGGAGCCAGCCUCAGCCGCCCGACCCAAGGCGGCUUGUGGAGCUGGUCCAAACCACAGGAAACCCGCCUCCGCGGCGGUUUGGGCCGCUGGUCGCUUCCGGCAACGGCCCCUCCACGCUCGAGCCCGGGGUCUUGACACCGGAUGAAGGACGUCUGCUUCACGACGCGGACGGGACGGCCCGGUACUUUGGAGAGUCUUCAGGAGCAAACUUCCUGAACCACGUCAAAGAGUUCAUGGUGACUCUGCAGCCCCUUGUCACGGGUGUAGUGCAUGGUGCCCUAAAUGGCGGCACAUCAUUCUUGACGAGCGUCGGGUCAUACCAGACCUCGGACUCGAGACCUCUGGGCUUGCUUCCCGUCGACUCAUCGUGGCUCCCUACCCGCACCGAGAUGACACUCCUCCUCACCGAGUUUCGGUACUUUUUGCAAGAUGGGAACGGCGACUUUGCCAGCGGCGGUAUCCUCUACUGGGGCCAUGUGCCUGAGAUAUCGCAAAAUUAUUACCAAGUGCACCACUUCAACUCGACAGGGCAGCUCCCCCUCCUCCAUAUGCUCUUUGCAGUCUCCGUGAGACUUGGCAGCGGUGCUGGCUGGGAGGAGCAGGGGCAUCGAACCAGCCGCGCUUUCUAUUCCAGGGCCCGAUCACUACUAGGCAACCCGCUCGACAUGAUGGCCUCCUCGGAAAGUGAAGUGCCUGUUUUGUUGCUCACUGCUCUAUAUUUCCUCGAGAUGAACCGGCGUGACGCUGCAUACAUGACUGUAAGCGCGGCGCUGCAUCUUGCAAUCAUGUACGGGGCGCAUACUACAUGGGACCGUGACGAGGAGAAGAAGAGAAUGUUCUGGACGGCUUUCAUCUUAGACACAUGGCUCUCCUCUUGGCUAGGUCGACCUCCGUCCGUGACUGAUGCAGCCAUCCGUAUCCAGCUACCACAACACAAAAUCGGACUGCCCGACCCAGCGGGACUUAUCGCUCAUAUCAAACUGGCACGAAUCUCUCGUUAUGUGACUUUUGAGAUUUACCAUAUUGCCCCAUCAGACCAGUCUGCAGCAACUACUCUCCAGCAUGUCGAGAAUGCCCUUGAGAUGUUACAGGAGUGGAAUGCCUCUCUUCAAGUGACGCUGCGUCUCGACUAUGAGAACUUAGGCCAAGACAGAGCCUGCUGCGUCUUACAUCUAGCAUAUAAUCAGGAAAUCAUCCUCACCACGCGACCUAUUUUCUUCAUUGCGGUCAAAAAAACCGUCGCAGAUCGCUACAUCUCAUCCCAACCGUUACAGGAGGGCAUAGAUGAUCAUCCACACGCGAAUAUCAUAAAGCAGAUCGUCACAACUGCUCGAAACAAUAUACGUCUUGGCCGCUGGGUUCGCGACCUCAGCCCUAGACAAAGACUCCUACACCACGAAGCCCACGCAGUCUUCAACGCCGCGGUCAUCGUUCUACUACAGCAGCUCGCUUUCGCAGACACAUCAAUGAGCGAUCAGGACAAGGACGAGAUUCAAAUGGCCAUCGACAUAUUCGAGAGAGAGGCGGCCUCGGGAAACAACUUUGGCCUAGACUGCGCGAGGGUUCUGCAGGACUUGACCUUUCUAGUUCGACGGGUUCAGGACCAAACACCGAUCGCUACCACACGAUCCCAAGCAGAGUCCUUUUAUGACAAUUUGGGAUCCGAUAGUGAUGUACCACUCAUCCCUACAUUGGCGGAGAGCCAGAUUGACAUUCUACAUGUCGAGCUUCAGGGAUGGCUUGACUAUGAUUUUUUGCAG